GCAUUUUACUGUCAAAAGUGUCAAAGUCAAGUCAAUAGUUUGUUUUUAUUUUGUAGAAAUACAUUUUAUUUAAAAACAUUUUAUUUGAGAACAAAAUUAAACCAUUCGAUGGCAAUUUGAAGUAUAAAAAAUAUCUACAACGUUUAUUUACAACAAUUUAAUUCCUUUCAAAAGCGGAUAUGUUACGAUUGCUAAGUAAGCUAAAAAGGACAACAAAUGAGGAAACAAACUCAAACAAUGAUUCAACUAAUAGUAGCACUGAAAUGCCUUCGGAAACCAUCAAUUCAAUCAUCGGAAUUAGUGAUGUUAACAUAAACACAGAUGAUAGUAUGAAACAAAUUCAUACGAACGUUGAAAAUGUUUUAGAAAACAGCUUAGUUGAAGGUUUAUACAGUGAGGAGGUUGUUUGUGAAUCGUCCAUUGAAGAAGAGAACUCGCAACCGUCACUUCACAACAAUGGAGUUAAUAUUAACUUAACGAUGACAGAAGAAGUGGCAAUUUCAGAACUAGUUGAAACUACAGAAACAGAAAUCAUUCAUCAUCGUUUGUCAGAGAAAAUCGACAAAGCAGAAGACAUCUACGCCUCGGAGGAAAUAUCACAAAUUAAGCUUCCAUUGAAAAAGCGAAAACAUUCCGUCAUUAAUCCAAUAAACCACACGGACAAUGUAGAAGAGGAAAAUCAAAUAGAAUAUCUUAAACAUAAGUUAAACUAUAUAGAAGAAAAUCAAUUUUACUUUUACCCUAGUAAGCCAGCAAUGAGCAUAGCAGAAAUAAUGGAUAAUUGGCCCCAUUUCUCUAAUUACCCAGUCAAGAAAUUUAAAACGGCUGCUGAAAGAAAAGAAAUUCCUUCAACGGAAUUGCAAUGAUUAUGGCAAAUAUCAACCAAACGUUAUAAAUCAUCCAUUUUUCUUAGCAUAAAUAACAAAUGGAAGUAUAAAAAUUCAAGGAUUAACUAAAACUAAUGAAUGUAUUUAUAUUGUCUAAGUUAUAUUGAUACUGGAAGGUGAAAUCUAUGAAAUUUUUAAAGAAUAAAAUUUUAAACGUUUUUUCGUACUUAAUGCUAAUAGGAAAUGUAAACAGAUA